AUGUCUUUCGUCCAUCCAUCCAAAAAACUUUCUUUUGCGGCUUCUGAGCUUUCUGAAGGUAAAGGGCUGUGGGAACUUUCUCUUGUUGGCUACUCUUUAGGGAAACAACCUUAUUAUGAGAGGUUACUUGCUGCGAUGAAUAAAGCCUGGAAACUUAAAGGAUCAUUCUCGCUGCUUUCGUUGGCUGAUAAUUUUUUCCUUUUGAAGUUCACUUCCGUGGAGGAUUUUGACAUGAUUUGGUCGGGUGGCCCCUGGUUUCUCUUGGGUAAGCCGUUCUUUCUUCAGAAGUGGUCGCCCAAAUUCCAACCUAGGCGGGAUGAAACUGCUGUGAUUCCUCUUUGGAUCAAAAAACUCAAUUUGCCUUUAGCUCUCUGGAACCCUUCAGGUAUCUCUAAGAUUGCUAGCUAUAUUGGUAUACCGUUAUAUGUGGAUUCUUUAACUGCCAAGCGAACAAGGCUAACUUUUGCGAGGGUAUGUGUACAAGUGGAUAAAAACUCGUCUUUACCUGAGGAUAUUCCGCUGGAAAUUGACGGUGAGGAUUUAGUUCUUAAGGUGGUUUAUGACUGGAAACCGACGAGGUGUGAGGGUUGUGGUUCCAUCAUACACCCCUUCGCUCUUUCCCCAUCCAAUCCGACUCCGAAACCAUCUCUACCUCCUAAACCGACCUUCAGAGGUAGGAGUAAAAGCAGAAUGCCUGGUAUCAGAAUUACUCGCUCUGCCUCCCAUCCCGCUACUGAUUCUUCUCUACCAACCACUAAUACUAUUUUACCUGGUUCGUCCUCUAUUCCUUCCUCUUCUCCCUCUCCUAUGCUCAACUCUUCUCCUUCUAAGCAACCUGUCAAUCUUGUUGUUCCUGUCGUGGAACCUGUUGUUGAAAUUUUACCUUCAGUUGAAUCUCUUGUUCUGAAUGUGGAACAAGAUCUUGCUCUCCUACCUCUUGUUACUUCGACAUCCAAUCCUCCACUUUUAAAUCUUAACCUACCCCAAGCUGAAUCUUCCUCUUCGGAUCAACCUUUCCCGCACUUGCUGCUGCACCCCUCACAAGUUGUUCUGGCUAACAGUUUUGCUUCUUUACCGGUGGACAAUCCUGAUCCUAUUGAGGAAGAUGUUUUAGAUGAGGAAAUCUCUUCCUCAUCUAAAACUGAGGAGGUGAUCAUUAAUUCUUCCACCAAUCUCAAAGCUUCGUCAUCCUCUUCCAAACCUUCAGGAAAUUCCAAUUCCCCAAUCAAAAAACCAAAUCCAAAAACGGCUAAGAAGGCCAAAAAAUUGAAGGCCAAGAUUCAUCAGAAUUCCUCUAAUGAGUCUUGGUUUUACUCUUCCCGUGUGCUUUUUGAUAAUGAAAGGUGUUGUGACAAUUUCUCUUGCUCUGUGCUUGGUAGAAUUUGGGUUAAGUGGGACUCUUCCCAGUUAACUUUUACUCCCUCUUACAUUUCCUCUCAAGUUAUCCACGGUAUUGUGGAAGCGGGCUCUCUUCCUCCUUUCUAUAUGUCUGUGGUCUACGCUGCCAAUGACCUGGUGGAUAGGAAAGUCCUAUGGGAUGAUUUGCUGAGACUUUCGGCUGCUAUUGAGCUCCCCUGGAUUCUUUUGGGAGAUUUUAACUGUUGUAGACUUCAAGAGGAAAAAGCUGGCGGGAAUCCCUUAAUGGUUGAUAGACUGGGAGAGCUUAAUAAUUUCAUCUUUGAUGCUGGGAUUCAGGAUUUGCCUUCUGUUGGGUUGUUUUUUACUUGGUAUAACCAAAGAAUUCUUGAGCCUAUUCACAUUAAACUUGACCGUAUGAUGGUUAAUUCUGCUUUUCUGGAUUUGUUCCCUGCGGCUUAUUAUAGAGUUGAGGAUCAUUCGGGGUCUGACCAUUCCCCCUUUAUUUUAUGUGCUGCCUUUGCUAAGAGAAAGCCUUCUAGAUUCAUGUUUAAGGCUUUCUGGACUGAAAUUGAUGAAUUCUGGGAGGAAGUUUGUUAUGCGUUUCUUGGGCAUGUGGGGGCUAGUCCUAUUGCCUCUUUCUAUGACAGCUUGAAGCAUCUUAAAAGGUCCAUUAAAAGCAAAAGGUGGAACUCUUCGAAUUAUAUCUCUAAUGACAUUUUGGAAUUGAAGAGCCAGCAACAUCAAUUGUUAACCGUUAUUCAAACUGAUCCUUUGAACCAAUCUUUGAAUAUUUCUCUGAAGGACACUAAUAAUCGUUUGGCAUCUUUCCAAUCUGCUUGGGUUGCUUGGAUUUCCCAGAGAGCUAAGGCUUAUUGGCUUUCUCAUGGUGAGGACGAUUUGGGCUUCCUUUAUGCCAAAAUUAGAGCUAGAAAAAAUCGUAAUACGAUUUAUGAGCUUUCUUCUUUGAAUGGUUUGCUUUCCUCUCAUGAUGACCUUGCUUAUGCCAUUACUGCUCACUUCAGAGGGCUCUAUAACUCUUCUCCCCCUUCUUUUGAGAAUUCCUUUGAUAUUCCGGCUGGGAAUACUGUGCCUCCACAUUACAUUUCUGAUCUUAUUGCUCCGGUCACUAAUGAAGAAAUUAAAAAGGUGGUUUUUGAUGAUAAACCAAAUUCUGCUCCCGGACCUGAUGGUUUUUCCUUUGUCUUCUACCAAAGGACUUGGCACAUUAUUGGUUUUAAUCUUUGUAGGGCUGUAAAACAUUUUUUUGAUACUGGUGAAAUGCCUACUGGAGCUAAAGCAACGGCUAUUAUUCUCAUUCCUAAGGGAACUCACUCGAAUGACAUUUCUGACUUCAGACCCAUCUCCUUAUCCAAUGUUUUUUACAAGAUUGUUGCCAAGAUCCUUGCAAAUAGGAUGAAACCCAUUCUGCCUCUUAUCAUCCAUGAUAGCCAAGCUGGGUUUAUUUAUAAAAGGUGUUCCACUGAUAACAUUAUUCUUGCCAAUGAAGUCUUGAGGGAGUUUAAAGACAAUCACAAUUAUUUUUGUGCAAAAGUGGACAUCAAGAAAGCUUUUGACUCUGUCUCUCGUAUCUUUUUAAUUAAUAGGCUUAGACAAAAAGGCUUCCCUGAGAAUUUUAUAAAGUGGAUUAAAGGGUGCAUUGUGGAUGUCCAUUUCUCUAUUUGUCUCAACGGGGUCUUGGAAGGUUUCUUCUCUUCUUUUUCGGGAUUGAGACAGGGAUGUCCCCUUUCUCCACUUCUUUUUUGUAUUGUCAUGGAUGCAUUAUCUUCUAGCAUGGUUGUGCCAGCAAAAUUUGAUGGCAUUUUGGCUCAUAGCCUCAAUAUCAAUCAUCUUAUGUAUGCUGAUGAUUUAUUAAUUUUUGGUAUGGCCAAGGUUGAGAAUGCUAUUUCUCUUAACAAUAUUCUGCAUACUUUUGUUGUUGCAUCCGGUACUCCAGUUCUCAUCUUGCGGAUUGGUGGAGGUGUUGUUGCUGAUCGAAGACUACAUGGGCUUCCUUUUGGGCUCUUAAUGUUUAAUGUGUUGAUGCAGUUUUUGUUUAUUCUGGCGGGAAAUUGGAUUUUUGGCUUACAUAUUUGUGUUUUUGUUACCGAAAAAUGCGCACCGUUUUGUAUUGACAAAAGUUUCACCGCACAACUUUUGGUUCGAGCAUGGGAGCAGGAAUGGAGAUUGAUCGAGACUGUCAGACGAAUCCUUUCACUAUGGAUGCCUGGGGCGUCACAAGUAUAG